AUGGAGGGGCUCCAAUUACCAAAUAAUCAAGAAGAGGCUGAGAGGUUCAUAUCAGUAAUAAAAUCUAGAAUGACAGAAAUAGUACGUGAGCAUAAUUUAAUGUACAAACUUCUGAAAAAUUACACCACAGUUUACAAAAAAUUACUUAUGUUUGAACAAAAAGCUUCCGCUCCUGUGGUAUGUCUCACCGCCUACUGUACCGCUGAGAAACUAAAAGUAGGAGAAAUCAACGGAAUAUUAAUGUUACUUUGUGGUGGAACUAUAAUUGAAGUAUUUAUUCCAAGUUACUUGUGCACUAUUCUUGGCAUGAAGAUAAGAUCAGUUGGGGACGCUUUUCUGGAUAUUCCUUUUUGGAACAUUGGCCGGGUUAUUCGACCUUACAUGGUGUUAAUAAUGCAAAAAUCAUUACGACCACUUCAACUCAGUGCCCCUGGUUUCGACGAAGUAUCUGUUCGGACAUUUUAUACCAACAUGGCAUCAGCUUAUUCUUAUUUCAACAUGUUACGACAGACAAAUAUUUAA